CCCCCCCCCCCAGCGCCAGCCCACUCCCGGGAACCGGCGGUGGAGCCGCGGCCGCCCGCUGAGGGACGGCGACGGCACUGAGAGCCGCCGGCAUGAGCGCACCCCGCCGCCCUGCGUCCCGGACCCGGCCUUUCUGACAAGAGCUAGACUUUGGGCUCCUUGAAAACACUCCAUUUUGUACUUCUGAACAUCCUCUCAAUCACUCUCAGCAUAAAAGUAACGUUCUUAAUGAUCAUCAGAGAAAGAGCAGGUGUGAGAGGAUUGCUGUUUUAUUGCAAUCAUGGUGCAGAAAUAUCAGUCACCCGUGAGGGUGUACAAACACCCCUUCGAGUUAAUUAUGGCUGCCUAUGAAAGGAGGUUCCCUACGUGUCCUUUGAUCCCAAUGUUUGUGGACAGUGACGUGGUGAAUGAGUUCAAGAGUGAAGAUGGGGCCAUUCACGUUAUAGAAAGGCGCUGCAAACUGGACAUAGAUGCACCUCGAUUGUUGAAGAAGAUUGCAGGUGUCGAUUAUGUUUAUUUUGUCCAGAAAAACUCUCUGAAUUCUCGGGAGCGUACUUUGCACAUUGAAGCCCAUAAUGAAACGUUUUCUAACCGGGUCAUCAUUAAUGAGUUCUGCUGCUACACGGUUCACCCUGAAAACGAAGAUUGGACCUGUUUUGAGCAGUCUGCAAGCUUAGAUAUUAAAUCUUUCUUUGGUUUUGAAAGUACAGUUGAAAAAAUUGCAAUGAAACAGUAUACCAGCAACAUUAAAAAAGGAAAAGAAAUCAUUGAAUACUAUCUUCAUCAAUUAGAAGAAGAAGGUAUAACAUUCGUGCCUCGCUGGAUGCCCCCUUCCCUCAAACCCUCUUCAGAGAUAUCCUCAUCCUCAGCAAGCAGGAAACCGGCAGCGGUGUCGACUGUGGUCACCCCAGACACUACCCAGAAGGAGGGGCAGAGCAGUGAGGCCCUCGGCAGCCCCAGCGGCGCGCCUGAGCCUGUGGUGGGGACGCCUGAUGACAAAUUGGAUGCAGACUACAUCAAGAGAUACCUGGGGGACCUGACCCCACUGCAGGAGAGUUGUCUGAUCCGACUUCGCCAGUGGCUCCAGGAAACUCACAAGGGCAAAAUUCCAAAAGAUGAGCAUAUCCUUCGUUUUCUACGUGCCCGAGACUUCAAUAUUGACAAAGCCAGAGAGAUCAUGUGUCAGUCUUUGACCUGGCGAAAGCAGCACCAGGUAGACUACAUUCUUGAUACCUGGAACCCUCCCCAGGUCCUUCAGGACUACUAUGCAGGAGGCUGGCAUCAUCAUGACAAAGAUGGGCGCCCCCUCUACGUGCUCAGGCUGGGCCAGAUGGACACCAAAGGCCUGGUGAGGGCCCUGGGCGAAGAGGCCCUGCUGAGAUACGUUCUCUCUAUAAAUGAAGAAGGUCUAAGGCGCUGUGAAGAAAAUACAAAAGUUUUUGGUCGACCUAUCAGCUCGUGGACCUGCCUGGUGGACCUGGAGGGGCUGAACAUGCGCCACCUGUGGAGGCCUGGCGUCAAAGCGCUGCUGCGCAUCAUAGAGGUGGUGGAGGCCAACUACCCGGAGACGCUGGGCCGCCUGCUGAUACUCCGCGCCCCCAGGGUGUUUCCUGUCCUCUGGACACUGGUGAGCCCAUUCAUUGACGACAACACCAGAAGGAAGUUCCUCAUCUAUGCAGGAAACGACUACCAGGGGCCUGGAGGCCUGCUGGACUACAUCGACAAGGAGAUCAUUCCAGACUUUCUGAGCGGAGAGUGCAUGUGUGAAGUGCCAGAAGGGGGGCUGGUCCCCAAGUCUCUGUACAGGACUGCAGAGGAGCUGGAGAACGAAGACCUGAAGCUCUGGACUGAGACCAUCUACCAGUCUGCCAGUGUUUUCAAAGGUGCCCCUCACGAGAUCCUCAUCCAGAUUGUGGACGCCUCCUCGGUGAUCACUUGGGAUUUUGACGUGUGCAAAGGUGAUAUUGUCUUUAACAUCUAUCACUCCAAGAGGUCACCACAAAUGCCCAAAAAGGACUCCCUGGGGGCCCAUAGCAUUACCUCCCCAGGAGGGAACAACGUGCAGCUAAUAGACAGAGUGUGGCAGCUGGGCCGGGACUACAGCAUGGUGGAAUCCCCUCUCAUCUGCAAGGAAGGAGAGAGUGUGCAGGGCUCACACGUCACCAGGUGGCCAGGCUUCUAUAUCCUGCAGUGGAAGUUCCACAACAUGCCGGCUUGUGCUGCCACCAACCUGCCUCGGGUGGACGACGUGCUGGCCUCCCUGCAGGUGUCCUCUCACAAGUGCAAAGUGAUGUACUACACCGAGGUGAUCGGCUCCGAGGAUUUCAGAGGCUCGAUGACCAGCCUGGAGUCCAGCCACAGCGGCUUCUCUCAGCUCAGCGCUGCCACCACUUCCUCCAGCCAGUCUCACUGCAGCUCCAUGAUUUCCAGCAGCGGAUUCUUUGCAUAUCUGUCGAGAAGGUGCGCAGGGUUGGUCUCCAGGAGAGAGACAGGGUGUGUUGUUGGGUGUGGCAGAGACUGCGCUUUGCAAGAUAACGUGCCAACACCCAUGUAGCCACCGUCUGUGUGUGCAGCAGGCUGGACUAUUUUAUAUCUCCUCUGAAGACACUAGGCCAGGAGGCCGUCAUGCUUGGGAGACAGUGCGCCCCGUGUAGGCAUGUGGAGGCUUGGAGGCUUGGAGUAGCAAGGUGUCCGCUGGCUGCUGCCGCCCAAAGGUGGAGGAGACCUCUCCCUGGGGCACGGUCGUGUGUUUCCUUGUGCCAAGAAAGUAGUUGCUGGCACCUGGAGCCUUGUUUGUCGAGAGCCUGGUAGGGUCAGUCAGUGAUCCUUGCCACUUGCAGUCAGCGCUUCCUGCUUCCAAGUUACAAGGACCUGAAGAUGGUCCCUUCUCUUUCUCUCUCUCUGUCCUUCUCUCUGUCUCUCUCUCUCUGUGUGUCUCAGAUCGUGAUUAUGCUGACAGCGGCCAAGAAAACGCUUCAGUCGACAAUCCACACCAGCCCAGGGAUGCUUGUAGAACUGUUUGAAUCCACCCCUGUGCCCCUAAAGUCUGAAGAUAUGUACUUUUUAACUUGAUCCAUUCAGAGUGGCCGCUUCCCCCCAGAGUCCAUGCAUCUUUAAGAGCUCAAAGCACAUCACUGCACAAAUGCUCACAGGGUUACUCAGGAGCGUCCACCCCGAAGUCCUUGUGCAGAACUCCAGGCCACACGGCAUUUCGUCACGCACUGUGUCCUCUCUACCUUCAGCCCCUGGCACUCUUCUUAAAAGGCUGCCGCCAUUCACUUUUUCCAGCACUAAUGAUUCUUUCGGUCCAUCCACGCCCCGCCCCCACUAGACUUCUAACUCAUCCCUCUAACUUCACUAUUUGCAUAUCAGAUUCUGUAAAUGUUUUGUAAACAUAUUACCUCACUCUUGGUAAUAUAAUACUGAUAGUCUUUAAAAGAUUUUUUUAUUGUUAUUAAUAAAUGUGAACUGUUUAAAGAAAAAAAA